AUGGCAUUUGACUUUGGCGAGUCGAAGCCCUCGGAUCCUACGGCCGACUUUCUCGCUCGCGAGCGUGAAGCUGCUGGCGUGCUUUCCGGCGACGCCGACCUCUUUGGCUCUUCUGCUUCGGCGGCUGCAGGUGCCUCUGCAGACGACUUUGAACGCUCCGCUUCGGCCUUCCCUGCACUAGACGAGGACGGAUUCUCGGCGCCCCCCGCCGCUGCUGGUUCCACUGCCAAAGCGGGCGGCUCCACCGCCUUCGGGUUUGACGACCUCGAUGACAAGCCCGAACCCGCCUCGGCUACCUCCAACCAGGCCGCUGUCGACGACGAGGUUGGCAAAUUCGAGCAAAACUUCCCUGAGCUGGACGAUGGUCCUUCGACCAACACAAACGGCGCCUACCACGAUGAUGCUGACGACCUAAUCAGCGCCACAUCCGCACCCUCGCGCGCUGCCCCCACAACCACCGCUCCAGCAGCCGCAUCGCAACCCACCUACUCGUACAGCUACGAGGAGCCCACCGAGGAGCCCGAAGCCGUGCGACAGUGGCGCGAAGCCCAAAAGGACGCCAUCGCCAAACGCGAUGCCGAGGGAGAACGCAAGAAGGCCGAAGCCAUCUCCAAAGCCGAACAGGACAUUGACAACUUCUACGCGGAAUACAACGCGAAAAAGGAAAAGAAUAUCGCCCUCAACAAGGAGAGCGAGGCCAAGUUCCAGGAGGAGCGCACGCGUGAGUUGGCAGAGGGCACCACGUGGGACCGCGUCACCAAGCUGGUGGAUCUCAAGAACAGCCAGUCCAAGACGAUUGCUCGUGCGGGACCUGGCAGCAGCGACUUGACUAGGAUGAAGGAGAUCUACCUCAAGUUGAGGAGAGAGGGUGAGAGGGCUCCCGGUGCUGCUGGCUACUGA